AUGAGGAAAACCAGGAGAACAGAUCCAGGUCGCAGUGAUGCUUCAAAUGCACAAGAUGUUCCAACUGCACCUGAAGCUCCUAACCCAGCAGCUGCUACUUCAAGCACUCCGGGUUUAGAUGUUGCAACAUUGGAGCGUAUGAUCCAAGAGGCUGUUAAUAGAGCUUUAAGGAGAACCCCGCUGGAAAGUACAAGUGCUCCAGUAACCGCAGUGACAACCAAUGUGGUACCAAGUCAAGCAGCAGGGACAAGUACUCCAGAAGCAAUGGUUGUCCCAAAGCAGAUUGAACCAAUUUAUGGCCUCUCAAGUAAACAUCAGCCUCCAGAAUUUUGUGGCACUAAUGAUCCAGUAGUAGCCGAACAAUGGAUCAAGUUGGUGGAGAAAGCUACUGCUCUAUUUCCUAUGACAGAUCAAAAGAAGAUCCGGUAUGCUACGUACCUGUUGAGAGGAGAUGCUAUGACAUGGUGGGAGCUUAUGGAGCAGACUCAAGAUACCACCACUCUCACUUGGUCAGGGUUCAAGGAAUUGUUUGAGGAGCAGUACCGGACAGCAGACAUGAUAUCCUCAAAACUACAAGAGUUUAUUAGUCUGCAACAAGGAAAUAUGACGGUCAAAGAGUAUUCAAUCAAGUUCAACUCCUUGGCUAAGUUUGCACCCAUACUGGUCAGUAUACCACAGACCCGAUUGGAGAGAUUUGUGGGGGGACUUCAUCCUACUAUUGCUAGAGAUGUUAUGUCAGGUCAUCAGCCCUCCCAAACAUAUAGUGAAGCACUCACUGGAGCCAUUAGAGCAGAGGUCUACUUACGAAAGGAGACCAAAUUAGCUCUUUCCCCAACAAUGGCAAGUAGUCCUCUCCAGCUUGGCCAAUCCAGUAGUGCAGAACAAGUUGUUAGCAAAGACGAUAAGGGUAAAGGCAAGAAAGGAGUCUUACCUAAAGCCAACAGGAAGGACAUGAAGAAAAAGGGCCAACAAAGGAAAGGUGAGAUCAAUUACUAUAAGAAAUGUCGGAGAAGACACCGGGGUGAAUGUCUAGUGGGGACCAAUGUUUGUUUCAGGUGUCGCCAGCUAGGUCAUAUUGCUAGAGAUUGUCCCAUUUGUUCUGCAACUUCAGUACCUGCAGUUGGAGGCAUGACAACCAAGGUAUAUAAUGUGGCCCAGAUGUAG